UGAAGAGGACAGUUGAGAUGCUAUAAAACAGUUGGGCGGCUCAGACCACUCAGCUCCAGCUUCAGCUUUCGCAAGUUUAUCUGAAAAUUAAAAGAAGGAGUGGAUCCAAAGGUCAAUAAUUCAGCUUUCAUUACUAGCCUUCUACUGUACAUCUGCCACCCGAUGUCCUCCAAAGCCACCAUGCCAAUGUUAACGGCUUAUUGGGGGUGUUUGGUUGCUAUGUUACUGACAGUCAGCACAGGCCAUUCUCUGAGGAGAAUACGCUUGAAAAAGAUGCCGUCUAUCAGGGAGACACUACAGGAUAUGGGAGUUUCGGUGGAGCAGGUGUUGACUGAGCUAGCCCAGAUGAACUCACAAGACCUAAGCAAUGGAACUGUUCCCACACCUCUUACCAACUAUUUGGAUACUCAGUACUACGGGGAAAUCAGCAUCGGCUCCCCGGCUCAGAUGUUUAACGUGGUAUUCGACACGGGGUCAGCUAACCUGUGGGUGCCCUCACAAAGCUGCUCUCCAUUCUCCACGGCCUGCUUCACUCAUAACAGAUAUGAUGCCUCCCUGUCACGCACCUACAUGGAAAACGGAACAGGAUUUUCUAUCCAGUAUGCUUCAGGAAGCGUCAGGGGAUUCCUUAGUGAGGAUGUCGUUGUGGUUGGCGGCAUCCCUGUGAUCCAAGUGUUUGCUGAAGCAACCACACUGUCUGCCAUGCCUUUCAUCUUCGCUAAGUUUGAUGGAGUCCUGGGGAUGGGUUACCCAAAUGUGGCCAUCGAUGGCAUCACUCCAGUGUUUGAUCGCAUCAUGUCUCAACAUGUCCUCAGGGAGGAGGUGUUCUCGAUCUAUUACAGCAGGGACCCCCAACAUUCCCCAGGUGGAGAGCUAGUCCUGGGCGGCACAGACCCAAACUACUACACUGGAAACUUUAACUACAUGGAGACCAAAGAAAUGGGCAAAUGGGAAGUCAUGAUGAAAGGUGUUUCUGUGGGGACAGAAAUGAUCUUUUGCGCAGAGGGCUGCACAGCUGUGAUAGACACGGGCUCCUCUUACAUCACUGGCCCGGCCUCCUCUGUCUCUGUGUUGAUGAAAGUUAUUGGAGCCCAGCAGGAUGAAAGUGGGUACAAGGUCAACUGUGACACAGUGAAGACGUUGCCAAGUAUCGCUUUCCAUCUGGGUGGCCAUGAGUACUCACUUACCCAGGAGGAUUACAUAAUAUGGCAAUCCCAGAUGGAGGGGGAUGUCUGCAUCGUCACCUUCCGGGGCUUGGAUGUCCCACCCCCUGCAGGUCCCAUUUGGAUUUUGGGAGCUAACUUCAUCGCUCGCUACUACACAGAAUUUGACCGUCGCAAUAAUCGGAUAGGCUUUGCUGUAGCAGUCUGAUGCUCUUUUGGUUUUUGCGCUUCAUAAAUGCAACAUAUUAAGGGAUCUUCUGCCAUCGUCCUUUGCUUCUUUGGAUUUCUGCUUUCCUGAACUGCCAAGCUUUGUUUCAUUCAGAAUGUUUACAUGCACUAAAACAGACAGAUUCACCCUCCAUUUUUUUACACUUCUAUAAGAAGUCAGUCAUUAGUGUAGUGUACGGUAUCUAAGAAAUGCUAAAGGCCAAAUUUGGUGGUUUGAAGGACAAUACUACACAAUAGCUGUCACUGGUUGUAGUAGCCAUCUGUUCAGAUGGAUAACUUUGAUUUCCACAGCUCUUACAUGGUUAGCUUUUAAUGUGUUCAAAUGACAUUUAAACACAUAUACAAAUUUCCAGUGUGAAUGAUUAAAAAAAACAUUUUCACAAUGCUUUGAAUUAUUAUUACAUGUCAAUUAUGUUGUCCAAAUUGUUGAAUAUGGGAAUUUAAUUCGUACUUCAAUUAAUAGGUUUGACAAAGCAAGCGAUUGCACUGUACUUUUUUGAUGUUCCUCUCUUUCAAUUAAAUAUAUUUAUUGAGCGGCAUUGAAAAUCUUAUGUUAUGUUGUGUACUUAUCAUAUACUGACAAAAUAAACAGAUAAUAUUUUAA